UCAAGCAGUGGCCAUUGCAAAGCGAAACAACCAAGAUGGCGGACUGAACGGCUGCCGUUUCCCGGGGGAGUUUCACGUUUACGAUCUUGUCGCCAUAGGGAUUCUAAUAUAGCAUCAAAUAUCUGAAAUAUUAGUCUCUUCCAAACACAAUUUAACUGAAGGUGAGUUUGGAGCGAUGGAGUGUUACCUGGAGUGAAGAUUGAAGACGUGAUAGAAGAUGGACGACUGCUGCUAUGCUAAGAUGGUGACGUCAUGUCAAAGAGAAAGUGAAAGACAAUCAGAAACUUCCAGCAAAUCACCAACGGAGAUAAAGACCAAAGAUGAAGACGUUCAGCAGCUGAUUGGUCAUCCAGAAGAACUUUCCUUUCAGUCAGACGGGAGCUCCACUUUGAAGCAGGCGACUCCACAACCACCCCACAUUGAAAAGGCAGAGGAGGAACUCUGCAUCACUCAGGAGGGAGAGUGUCUUCUAGGACCGCAGGAGGCUGAUUUCACCAAGUUGCCACUGACUGUUGUCUCUGUGAAGAUUGAUGAAGAUGAAGAGAAACCACAAGUAGACAACCUCUUAGCUCCACUAUCAGAUAGUGAGACUGAAGACGAGGUUGAAGUGACUUUGAGCGGCGAUAAAGACUGUGAAGGUGAUUUGAGGACUCACACUGGUUCUGUAAAGGAGACAGUUAAAACAUUUUUGAGCUGCUCCGUUUGUGCUAAAAGCUUUACUAAAAAGAACAAUUUGACUCAACACAUGAGAACACAUACAGGAGAAAAACCAUUUAAAUGUGUAGUUUGUGGUAAAAGCUUCGUUUCCGGAUCAGGUUUGACCAAACAUAUCAUGAAACACACUGGGGAAAAACAAUUUAGUUGUUCAGUUUGUGGUAAAAGCUUUUAUCUGAAGAGCAUUUUGACUAAACACGCGAUGAUACACACAGGAGAAAAGCCAUUUAAUUGUUCAAUUUGUGACAAAAGCUUUUGUCAAAAGAGCAAUUUGACUGAUCAUAUGAGAACACACUCAAGAGACAAACCAUAUAAUUGCUCAGUGUGCGGUAAAAGCUUCCGUUCCAGAUCAGGCUUGACUAAACACACAUUGAAACACACGGGACAUAAACAAUUUAGUUGCUCAGUAUGUGGUAAAAGCUUUUAUCAAAACAGUAUUUUGACUGAUCACAUGAGAAUACAUUCAGGAGAGAAACCAUUUAGUUGUGCAGUUUGUGGGAAACGUUUUUCUUUAAAGAGCAACUUGACUCAACACAUGGGAACACACACUGGAGAAAAACCCUUUAGUUGUUCCAUCUGCGGCAAAGGCUUCACUCAAAAAACACAAUUGGCCGACCACGCGAUAACGCAUACGAGAGAGAAACCAUUUCAUUGUUCACUUUGCGGUAAAGGCAUUUCUCGAAAGAGCCUUAUGACUCGACACAUGAGAACACACACGGGCGAAAAAGCAUUCAUUUGUUCCGUGUGCGGUAAAAGCUUUUCUCAAAAGAACAAUUUGACUGAUCACGUUAGGACGCACACAGGAGAAAAACCAUUUGAUUGCACAGUUUGUGGUAAAAGCUUCUCCAAAAAGAGCGGUCUGGCCGAGCACGUGAAAAGACACACUGGUGUUAAAAGCUUCAAUUGUUCGGUUUGUGAUAAAAGCUUUGUUUCCAGAGCAGUUUUGAGUCAACACGGAAUGACACACACCGGACAUAGACCAUUUAGCUGCUCAAUUUGUGGCAAAACAUUUUCCCUAAAGAGCAACCAGACUCAACACAUGAGAAAACACACGGGAGAAAAAACAUUCUCCUGUUCAGUUUGUGGUAAAAGCUAUUUUUCAAGACAGGGCUUGAAUCAACAUGUAAUGAAACACACUGGAGAAAAACCAUUCAGUUGUUCAGUCUGCGGUAAAAAAUUUCACUAUAAUGUAGAGGCAGUAAAACACAUAAGAACACACGCGGGAAAUUAGUCACUCAGCUGUUUAUGUUAUUAAUGUGUGGCCACAAAGAAACCAAGGACCGCCUCAAAAUAAAUUCACUGCUUUUUUUCCACAAAUCUCACAAAUUGGGAUUAUCUGGAACAUAAUCAUAUGUCCUCAAGACCCCAUGUCUUCUGUGUAUCUGAAAUGUUCUCGAAUAAUAAAUUAGAUUAUGAUUGUAUUGCGUGGUUACUCCGUUAGCCAAAAUAGUCUUGAUUAUCCCAGCUCGGGGAGGAAAUUGUUUGCUGUCUUCUUCAGUGAAGAUUUUACCGCCUCCAUAAAGUCUGACUUUGAACACCAACAACAUGAAUCGAUCUGCCUGAAACUACACCUUUCAGGUUGCCUGGUGUCAUCUUUUUUAUCCACAGACCAACAUCAGACGAAAUUGCUCCCAAUUAUUUAAAACGGAACAAAGCCGCGGGCCGAGGUUGAACAAAUGAACCUUUUAAUAGGGACCCAAACAAGUUUUGCAUUGAAUAUUGAACAAGCAAGGCUUAUAUAACUUUAUAGUGACAUGCAAAAUCGAGGUUCAAAUAAUAAUAAUAAUUAAAAAAUAUCAAUGGCAUAUCAAAUAAAAUUUAAAUAAAAAUUGAAUGCCUCUUUUCGGCGGUGGUGUUGAGGUGGACGGGGUUUGGUGAUAGCGGGGAUGUAUAUUGUAGCAUCCCGGAAGAGUUAGUGCUGCAAGGCGUUCUGGGUAUUUGUUCUGUUGUGUUUAUGUUGUGUUACGGUGCGGAUGUUCUCCCGAAAUGUGUCAUUCUUGUUUGGUGUGGGUUCACAGUGUGGCGCAUAUUUGUAACAGUGUUAAAGUUGUUUAUACGGCCACCCUGAGUGUGACCUGUAUGGCUGUUGACCAAGUAUGCCUUGCAUUCACUUGUGUGUGUAUAAGCCGCAUAUAUUAUGUGACUGUUUGUAUGGAGGAAAAGCAGACGUGGCGACAGGUUGUAGAGUACCCCAAAGGCAGUGCCUUUAAAGCCCACCCCAAAUAUUGUUGUCCCGGAUGAAAUUCGGGAGGGGCACUGAACUUCGGGAGUCUCCCGGGAAUAUCAGGAGGGUUGGCGGUGAAUGCGGUGUUGCAGCGACGGGCCAGCUCUAAUGUUAAUCUGAUAUUGCCUCAAGGGCCAAGUGAAAUUACACGGUGGGCCAGAGUUUGACACCCAUGCUCUAAAGGCUUAGUGGCCACAUGCGUGGACAGCACCUUUUUUACUCAUAUUUCCAAAAUUGUGUACACUACUGAAUUGGGGUCUUAUGGCCACUUAUGUGGCCACUUAUACUGCCAUCUGGUGGUGUCAGAAGAGUAAAACAUACAAUGGAAUUUGGAGGAAAAAAAAGUGUAAAAAUAAGAAUUAACAUGUCACUAAACAUGAAGUACACAUUUGUGUACUUAAGGACUAAGUACAUCAUAUCAAAAGAUGAUUCUUAGUUUUUAUUCUAACUCGAGUCCAAUAAGCCCAAAUAGCAAAGAUAAAAUAAAAAAUAAAAAAAGCAUGUAAACAAGAGGUUAAAGGCCACAGUUCAAAAGAACCUGAAGGAUCAUUUGAAGGAUUCGUCCUCCAGAGAAUCGGGAUUGAAUUGAAUCGGGAAUUUUUGUUGAUUCACGUAACGGGAUUUUUUUUUUGUUUUUUUUUUGUUCUGGUCAGCAGUCGGCAACCCGCGGCUCUUUAGCGCCGCCCUAGUGGCUCUCUGGAGCUUUUUUGAAAAUGUAUGAAAAAUGGAAAAAAAUGAGGGGAAAAAAUAUAAAAAAUAUAAUUUUGUUUUAAUAGGAUUUCUGUAGGAGGACAAACAUGACACACACCUCCCUAAUUGUUAUAAAUCACAAUAUUUACAUUAAACAUGUUUCACUGAUUCGAGUAUUUGGCGAGCGCCGUUUUGUCCUACUAAUUUUGGCGGUCCUUGAACACACCGUAGUAUGUUUACAUGCAUAACUUUCUACUUUCUAGUAGUGUUUUAUGCCACUUCUUUUUCUGUCUCAUUUUGUCCACCAAACUUUUAACGUUGUGCAUGAACGCACAAAGGUGAGUUUUGUUGAUGUUAUUGACUGCUAAUCAGACAUAUUUGGUCUCUGCAAGCUAAUCGAGCUAACAUGCUAUUCAGGCUAACUAUGUACAUGUUGCAUCAUUACGCCUCAUCUGUAGGUUUAUUUGAGGUCAUUUAGGUUCUCUUAAUUCAAUUUAUAUUUAUAACCUGCAGAUGCAUUUGCAACGAUGGUCAACGAAAUCACAAAGGUGAGUUUUGUUGAUGUUGACUGCCAGCUAAUCGAUGCUAACAUGCUAUUUACCGGCGGUGCUAAAGCAGACAUGGCACAGAGAUGUAUGGAUAACCUGCAGAUGCAUUUGCAACUAUAUUACGUUUCCUUCCACCCACAUUUAAUGCGAAACAAACACUUACCAAUCGACGGAUUUAAGUUGCUCCAGUGUCAAAAGAUGCGAAAGUCCUGAUCGUUUGGUCCGCACAUUUUACCGGCGAUGCUAACGCAGCUAUUCGGCCAUGCUAUGGCUAUGAAUAGCGUCAAUAGCUAUUCGCUCAAUAGCUUCAGUUUUUUCUUCAAUACUUUCAUACUCCGACCAUCUGUUUCAAUACAUGCGUAAUCUGUUGAAUCGCUUAAGUCGCUGAAAUCCGAGUUUGAAUCCGAGCUAAUGUCACUAUAUCUUGCUGUGGUAUUCCCAUUGUUUGUUUACAUUGGCAGCACUGUGUGACGUCACAGGGAAAUGGCCAGUGUCUUCGCAGAGAGCGAAAAUAAGGCACUUUAAAGCUUUAUUUAGGGAUAUUCCGAGACCGGUAAAAUUUUGAAAAAAACUUCAUAAAAUACAACAAGCCACUGGGAACUGAUCUUUAUUGUUUUUAACCCUUUUGAAAUUGUGAUAAUGUUCCCCUUUAAUAAUAGCAUGCCGAAAUAAAUUAACGGUUAUUUGAAAACAAUAAUAAAAAUAUCUUCUGCGGCCACGGUGAUUGGGGACCAUUGCUCUAAAUUUUUUUGCGGUCGCGACCCAGUGGUUGGGGACAACUGCUCUACAGCAUGUCAUCACAUCUGCCUUUCUAUCAUGCUAUCUGCGUGCUGGUAGGACGCAUGCAUUUCGCUGCUUCUCAUUGGAGAUUGCAAUGCAUACUUGGAUGUAUACAUGGCAUUCUGGGUAAUUCUUAUGUUGCGUUUAUAAUGUGUUACAGAGCCAAUGCUCUCCAGAAAUGUGUUUGUUGUUCUUGUUUGGUUAGGGUUCACAGAGUGUGGCGCAUAUUAGUAAGAGUGUUAAAAUUGUUUUAUAUCACAACCAUUAGUGGGAUCUGUAUGGCGGUGGAACAAGACACCUGGUUUACACAAAGUUAAUGCAAAUAAAGACACCUACACCAUUUUGAAAAUGACGGCAGGGGAAGUGUUACUUUU